GAAAUCGGCAAGGACCCACGCCCGUUCGGCACACACUCAUUCCGCCGUGGUGGUUGCCAGUACCUGGCAAUGGUUCGCCGCUGGCACAUCCGCGACGUCUGCCUGUGGGGCGGGUGGAGCACUCGGAGUGACAACCCGAGCACGGUGUGGAAGUACCUUAGCUCCAUCGUGGACACUCCAAACGUCCAGCGCCAGGACUUCUUCAACCCGUACCGCCUCGGGACCGCACCAUGCACCCAUUGCCGCCGCACCUGCCACUGCGCUUGA